AUGCUGGCAAAUCGUCGUACUCGGCUGCGCUUUGACAACUUUACCUCGGAUCCCUUCGUUAUCGAUAAUGGGAUUGGUCAGGGGUGCCCAUUCUCUUUCCUCAUCUAUAUCUAUUACAACGCUGAUGUUCUGGACAUCCCCGAGGGCCCGAACGAGCUCGCCUCCGGUUAUGCGGACGACACCAUCUUCAUCGCAACUGGAAAAACCUUCGAGGAG